UUCGUCACACACAUGGCUGUAGGUCGAGCGUUCAUAACGUAGAAAAUAAACCGUGUGUGUGAUUGCUUGCGAGUUUGCCAUAACUAUUAGAGGUAUUGAUAAUUUGCUAUAAAGAAUAAUCGAGAAGUUUCUUCAAAAUGGUUUGGAUCAGCAGAGUGUGUUGUAGAAAGUACGGAAACUUUGUGGAUAACCUGCGGCUGUAUGUAAGAGGUGGUAGUGGUGGCAUGGGCUUACCCCGAAUGGGAGGACAAGGUGGAAACGGAGGAGACGUGUGGGUGGUGGCUAAAAAAGACUUCACUCUGAAACGUAUUAAAGACAGGUUUCCACAUAAACGCUUCGUUGCUGGUGUGGGCAACAACAGCAGUAUCCGUGCGCUGAAAGGAGGAAAAGGGGAAGAUGUGGACAUCUCUGCUCCUGUUGGAAUCUGCGUGACUACAGAUGAUGGAAGGGUUUUAGGAGAAUUGAACCAUGAAGGAGAAAAGGUUCUAGUGGCCAGAGGUGGUCUUGGUGGAUCUCUUCAGUCUGGAUUUUUACCCAAUAAAGGACAGACUAGGCACAUCCGUCUGGAUCUUCGGCUCAUUGCAGACCUGGGUCUUGUAGGGUUUCCUAAUGCAGGUAAAUCCUCUUUACUGACAGCCCUGUCACACGCCACACCUCAGAUUGCCAGCUACCCAUUCACAACCCUGAGACCUGAGAUAGGGAAGGUGAUGUAUGAAGAUCAUAAGCAGGUGUCAGUGGCAGAUUUGCCCGGCUUGAUUGAGGGUGCUCACAUGAACCGAGGCAUGGGCCACAAGUUCCUAAAACAUGUGGAAAGAACGAAACAGCUCAUGUUUGUGGUGGAUGUAUGUGGGUUUCAGCUGGCCAGUAACACACCAUUUAGAUCUGCAUUUGAAGCUGUGCAGCUGCUUACCAAGGAACUGGAGUUGUAUAGGGAGGAGUUGCUGUCCAAGCCAGCCAUCCUGGUGGUUAAUAAAAUGGACCUGCCUGAGGCCGAGGAGAAGUUCAGAGAGCUCGAGACCCAGCUCGAGAAUCAGGAAGAGCUGACACACCUCCUUCCUGAAGACAUGAUACCGAAGACCUUCCUCCACUUUAAACACACUGUUCCCGUUUCAGCUCUGACUGGCCUCGGCCUCCCUCAACUUAAAUCAGUCAUCCGUAAGUCGCUGGAAGAGCAAGAAGACAUCGAAUCAGAGAGAAACCGUAUAGAGAAGCUUCAGGAGCUGAGACGAGAGAUUCCCGUUGUUCCUAAGCCCACGUGGGGGCAGCCUGGCUCGGAGCCACUGAACUGGAACUGAUCAUAUGAGGAGGCAUUAAACUGGAACUGUUCAUAUGGUUAGUAUUACAACCAAGUGGUCACCAAUUCACAAGAACUAUAAUUCCCCAAGUUUGUUCAGCAGUGCUGCUCUGGACUUUUGAACCAUUUUUGAGUCCUAUUAAAUCUCCACCACUGGACAUUUUCAUCCCACAGCCGAUGUCUUCGCAGGAUGGUUGGAAAGAAGAAGGGGAAAAUGUAUGUGUUUAAUAUUUUUUUACAGUUGUGUCUAGAUAUAAAUAUAUUGUAAAUAAAACUGUGCAUCUCCUA